AUGACGAGCAUUCCAACCUUCCAAUUCCGGCACUUCCUUCCCCCCGCAGUCCUCGAUUUCCAUCCCUCUCCGGCCAGAGGACUACGCUUCCACCGGUCCCCUUCGCUCCACCUCUCGCCGUCGCCGCCGUCGCCCCCGGCCGUUCCCCGAGCUGCCGCCGGCGACGACCCCAACCCCGGCGAGACCCCCGACGCCGACGAGGAAGCAGCGGCGCCGGCCGACUCGGAUUUCGAGAACCGGCUUGCCCAGGUGCGGCUCAAGUACCGCAGUGGCAGCGGCAAGAAGGCCGAGCAGAGGCGCGGCAAGAAGAACCCGGGAGCGGCUUCCUCUGCGAAGAAGGGCGGCGGCAAGGGAGGGGCGGUGAUGCUGCCCCCUGUUUCCCUUCGCGAGCCCACCACGGCCGGGGGGCUGAAGGUCGACUUCGGCUUCACCCCCUACAGCGAGCACCUCAACGGGCGGCUGGCGGCGCUGGGGCUGGCGGCGCUGGUGCUGGUGGAGCUGGGAUCCGGCAAGAGUCUCCUAAGCUUCCACACGCCGGCUGUCAUCUUCAUCCAGAUCUACACCGUCGCCGCCGCCUCGGCGCUCUUCGUGAAGUUCGAGAAGGAGAGGAUCAGCGUCUGGCCCAAGGCUCCGCCGCCGUCGCCGGGGAACGUCGUCGGUGAGUGA